CGCACGAGAAAGCAGCGAGAGCGCGCGUCACUUAUUUGGAGGGGGGAAAGUUUGAGACGAAGACGACUUUGUAACAGGCGUUUUUUUCAGUGCGAGACAUGUCUGACAGAAAGUGGAACAAAUAUGCGCGAUAUUUCCCAGUGACCGGGGAGAAUUUAUUGAGAGAGCAGUGAUAAGAAGCGGGGCGCCAGUAAUCUUAUAUCUGACCAUGAACGGAGCUAUAAUACUCCCCACCUGCGCGUAAUCUGACGGAGCAGGGCACUGGAUAACUUCAAACGGACACGUGCGUAAUCGCGCACAACUUCUCGUAUAAUAAAGUUAACUUGUCCUCGCGGAUAUUACUUCCCAAGUGGACUAAACUUGUGCUGUUGUCAUGAGUGGACGCGCGCUCUUCCACCUGUGGAUGCUUUUGUUUUUGGGCUGUUCCAGUGAAGUGGCGAGGGCUCAGGUGGCCAACGCCAAAGUGAUGAGAGGGAACACCAGAGGAGACGACUUGUACCACAGAGAGGAGAGCAUCAACGUGACACAGCUCGCCGGAGUCAUCCACAGCCCACGCUAUCCCGAAGCCUACCCUCGCAACCUGCUGUUGUCAUGGAAACUGAUGUCUCCGCCGGGGAGCCGCAUCCACCUGGUGUUUGACAAAAAGUUCGGUUUAGAGGGGCCGACCAGAGGAGUUUGCAGUAAUGACUAUGUGGAGGUGGAGGACCUGGCCAGGGCAGCCUCCAUCAUCUGGGGACGCUGGUGUGGACACAGAGCUCCGUCCAGCCUCAACUCCAAGAACAACAUCCUGCGAGUCACCUUCAAGUCCAACGACUACUUUGUGGCUAAACCAGGCUUCAAGAUCCAUUACUCCAUACUGUACGAUCCUCCUGUUGUGAGUCCUAGCUCGGAGGAUGCUUUGCUCAUGUCGGACUUUGGGGCGGGCCAGGUGCCAGCCACGGUCCCUGCGGCACCCUUCUCUCUGGAGGAUCUGGACAGGACCAUCGCGGCCUUCAACACCAUCGAAGAGUUGCUCAAGUCCCUCAACCCGGACACAUGGAAACAAGAUCUGGAUAGUAUCUACACGGCGGACAGCCAGAUCCUGUACCGCUCCAGAGCCUAUCACCUGGCCAGCAGACAUAAUAAAGUUGAUCUGAACCGGCUCUACGAUGAUGUUAAACGCUACAGUUGCACACCUCGGAACUUUUCGGUGAAUCUUCGGGAGGAGUUGAGGGUCACCAGUGCUGUGUUCUUCCCUCGUUGUCUGCUGGUCAAACGCUGCGGAGGGAACUGCGCAUGUGGCACGGAUUACUGGAACAGCGGAUGUACCUGCCAGCCUUCUAAGUCCACGCAAAAACUGCACGAGGUGCUGAAAUACUCCCCAGACAUGUCCUCCCAGCGCCAUCACCGGUCAAAGGUGCGCUGGGUCAUCGGAGAGAUCUUCCUCACACAUCACGAACAGUGCGAGUGCUCAUGUCCAUAUCAGCCGCCCCGCUGACGAACUGUUCACACCCCUCCUCAUGUAUAAUACUACAGACUAUGGAACAGCAGUAUAACAAGCAAACCAGACGCUACAAGAAGACCAAGAGGAUUUCUAACAAACCACAACUUUUAAGCUAUAGCCAUGUUGUUUUGGCAUCAACUCAUCGUCAACUUUUUACUGAUUCAAAUCAUUUCAACAUUAUUCUGUCCAUGUGUCCGUUACAUCUCCAAACCAUCUCAAUCUGGUCUCCAAAACAUGUAACAUCUCCUGUUGUCCUGUUUUUCUGAUUCCAAUUAUUGCUUAUCUGCCUGGAUAUCAACCCUAACAUAUUCAACACUACUAACUCCUGCUCUGCUUCUACUUCUUUCCAAUCCAUUUUAUUUUUACAUUUGAAAAAGGUUGACCAAAAUUUAAAAAGCAGCAAAAAAUCAUUAUCUAUACAUCAGCAACUCGUUCUUGAAUGGCAAAGAAAAAUAUAUAGUUUUAAAUGCAAUUAAAAGUAUUUGUUGAGUCUGGGUCAAAACGGAAAAGGCAUAAGAGGUAGGCAACAAGACAAUUUUGUCCCUGUAUUUGUACUGGGGCAAGACAAAUUUUGCUCAAAUAUAUUGUAUAAGCAGCUCUAUCCAUCUAUUCAUUUUCUUCCGCUUAUCCGGAGUUGGACAGCAGUCUAAGCAGGGACUCCCAGACUCUUCCUGCUCCUCCGGUGGGACCCCAAGGCGUUCCCAGGCCAGCCAAGAGACAUAGUCCUUCCAGCAUGUCCACCGUCUUCCCUGGGGCCUCCUCCCAGUGGGACAUGCCCAGAACACCUCCCUAGGUAGGCGUCCUGGAGGCAUCCUAAACAGAUGCCCGAGACACCUCAGCUGGCUCCUCUUGACGUGGAGGAGCAGCGUCUCUACUCCAUGCUCCUCCCGUGUGACUGAACUAUAAGCAGCUCUUGAGGUCAAAAUAUGUCCGCUGUAGACUGUCUGCAUCUAAUUGUAAAGCAUUUUAUUCUGCAGUGAUCAGGAAGUGUAUACAACUAGCAUGCUAGUUGUUAGCAUUACCAUGACAGCAAAACUCUGCUCUGCUUCUGAAAGUCAUUAAAAGCGCUUAUAAACUCAUCAUAGUGAAUAAUUAGGAUGCUCAUUAUGCAUAAGAAAAGUGAGGAAUAACUUUGAACCCCUGCAACUUGUUUAAAAUGAAUGACAAGUUCUGUUUUUCACAUUUUUAAGACUCUAAAAAUCAGGUACAGCACCUUUGAUAAUACAAGUCUAUGGUCUUUACAUUGACACCAUUUAAAAAGGACUCACACAGACUUUGGAAUGUGGACAAAACAAAAAUGGAGGAAAGACCAGUCUGUCCCGGUGCACUCUCUCUUCCCGUCUCCACCUUUCGUCUCUCGGCUCCUGUGUUAGUUUUUGGCCAGCUCCUCUCUCACUCUCUAAUACAUCAAAGCACAUGUCAGAUAAGACCGCCGUGCCUCUCCGCUUAGGGCUCUUAGCGUUCCAGGCAUUCCAGGCUAACGGGAAUUCUGCUAGCACACUGGAGAGGUGGGAAAUGACACAAGAGGGAGCAAUAAAUACAUCAGGAUAAAGAUUACAUCUGCUUUUUAAAGUAAUGACUCCGAUUCAUGGCAGUGAGGCAAAUGUGAGACAAAGGGCGAAUCUCAGGCUAGAAAAGAAAUUUUACACGGACAAAAUGAAAGGAACAUUAUGUAACUUUUCUGAUGAGGGCUUGGGCUCUUGUUUGUCUCCACGUAUUGUCUGCAUUUUUCUUUUUUUCCAUUACAGGUGUUUUUAUGGCUAAAAUAAUCCAUAACUUGGCCCUUGGUGUCACCUACUCGUCUGCAUGGAGAUAAAGUUAAGGUCUAAUUGUGGAACAUUCCAGGCAAAGUAAUAACAUAUACAUGAGGACAAGCAUGGGGCAGACCUUCAAGAUGUUUUAGAAUCCCUGUUUUUGAAAAUCUAGAAAUGUUUUGAAGUGUUUUAUUGUCAGGGAUUGGCAUUUUAAUUGUUCGUUUAAAGUAAUUUCAAUUGACAACAUGGAGUAAAAGAUGAUAUCAAACCUGCCACUUUAGUUCCAUGUGGAUAGGCCCAGUAUUUUCAGGGAUAAUAGUCAUAACCAGUACAAAAUGUUCUUUUAGAAGCCAGUAAGUAGCAUUAGUAAUAGCACAUAUCCAUCAAUUUUUGCUUCCAACAUAAAAUUACUUCAAAUAAUUGCACAAAAGUAAACUCAAAAGUAGAGUUUGCUUUUGUUUUCAGAGAUGUAGGCGUCAGUUUGAGUUUGCAACAACAACUAUGUCUACUCUUAAAGACAUUGCAGACCUACCUGAUUUUCACUGUUACUUAAAAACAUGUAAAACAGAACUCGCUUGCACCAGUCCAAAGUUACUACUCACUUUCUUCCUGUAUUUCUAGCAUUUCUAGUGACGAGUUAAUGCGCAUCACGGUUUUUAAUAGAUUCUUAUUCCAGACCAGGGUUUAGUUUGUUUUCAUACCUGACAGUUUGGACUGCUCACUAUCGCUCUUCCUCAGAGUGGUCACGUGAUUUAAACAGGUUUUGGUGCUGUCUUUCAACCGCUGGAGGGAGGACAGCACCAUCUGCAGGACAGUAUCCCAGGUGCGUGAGAGUAAAAAGGCCCCUUCGUCCCGGUUUAAAGCCCCGUGGUCACGUUUCCAUAUUUCAAUUACUUCCUUAACCCAGCGACGAUGUUUGUUGUCCUCUGUCCCAAUAAUGUUUGCUCCGUCCCAGUCCAUAAUAUGUUUCUCUCUUUUGCAAUGGUCUUCACUGUUUCCGGAAAAAUAAUAAAAACCAGAUUAAUUUCAUUGGACUAGCAUGCCAACUGAGCAUUUCGUAGUUUACAGAUGAUAAAACUGGUUUAAUUAGAUGCAGAUGGCACACGACAGUCUUUUUUUUAUUAUUAUUUUGUGCCAUUUCUUAUAUGGAUUAGUUUACUGAGGCAAAACAAAUGUUACCUUAUUACAUGAAAGAAACAAUACCGCCCCUUUAAAUCUUCAAGCACAUGACCCAGCAAUAAGAAAUACGACAUACCAUCUUUCUUCUCUCUAUCCUCACCUCCCCAUGUGUCCCCCUAUAUAAAAACAGAAGCUACAGUGAAAAAUUGAAGCUUUUGUUCCAGAGACCUUUGAGAUUGGAGAUUUUGACACAGAGAUGAUUCUUUGGUCACACUGAAAUGCAACGGUGUAGUCUUUCAGGCAGUGCAUGCAGGUACUAUACAUUAUGAGCUUUAUCCACCAGAUGCACACCACCUUCAGACGAGCUCAGGUUUUGACAUUCCCAUGCCUCUGUGCCAGUACUGCACAGUCAUGACAAAUACUUUAAACACACCAAGUUUCAAAAUAGUCACUUACUAUUACUGUGGGCGCCGCUAUCAUCAUUAGGGUUGCAUUAUUUGGCAUGGAGCUGCUGAUCUUGACAGCAAAUAAGUUCUUUACAAACCAAUUUAUUUCACAAUUAAGCGGCAACAUUUUUCCCAAAUUAUCCACUGAAAUGACUGGGAUUCCUGCUUAACUGGAAGUGCCACAAACCACAAAGAAAGCACGUUUUAAGAGCAUUUAGAGGUAAAAGUGGGCGGGGUGGAACAAAGUCAAUAGUGCAUGAACUAUAACAAACAAGUCAGUAAAGAAAUGCAUGUUUAAAAGCAUAAGAAUUCCAUUAAUGUUUCUAUUUUGUGCGUUCUAAACAAUUCAAAAAUAAAUGGUAGCACAUUGCCUUGCCGUACUGUAACUGCAUGAUGGAUAUAGCAUGGUAACUAAAAGUCUGUGUAAGUCAAUAACUACGUGCUUCUAGUUUAAUUCAUGGUAAUAUUCAUCAUAAACAUAACCCACUAUGAAGACAUUUGUUACACAUUUGUUUACUUUAAAGGUCCUAUAUUAUGCAAAACCGACUAUUGUGAGCUCUCCGCCAUGUUAUAAUGCUGUUACCUCUUCAAAAACAUUCCUGGAGAUGUGUUUUGUUUCAUUCACACAUGUUUGCGUAACCCUUUAUUAUUCAUCUGUCUAUAUCUCCAAAGCUCAAAAUGCUGUGUUCCACGUUGUGAUGUCAUGAAGUGGUAGUUUUCAAUUUAACACCUACAGUUUACCUUCAGUUCAAUAGAGAUGGUAAAUUUCAGUGUGUGUCUGAGGUACUUUUCUUUGUACUAAUGGUAGGGUGACCGGAUUUUUAAAAGUAGGACUUGUGGGUCAGUAUAUGUGACAUCACACGUGACAUCACAAGGUGGAACAGAGUGUUUUUGGUUUGAGAGAAGAACUCAGCCUAAAUAUGCAAGGUUUGUGUGUUAAACAUGUGUAAAUUAAACAAGACACAACUCAGGGUAUGUUGUAUAUAUGAGGAAACUACAUUAUAACAUAGAUCAGAGAAGAGUAAUAUUGGCCCUUUAAGUUAUGGAAGGAGUACUGCAAAAUACAUGACCUUUGUGUUACUGUACUAUUUAAAAUGUGUUAUCAGUGUGUAUAGUAAAAUGUAAACCAAUCAACUGGAAAGGUUUUGUUGUGCCAAGUUUAAGAAAUGAUAAAAUGUUUGUGAUUGCAAAGUAAUUACAGCAGUGGUGGAAGAAGUACUCAGUUUUGUAAAAGUACAGAUACUGGAGCAAAAAAAAAAAAAAAACCUCAAGUAAAAGUAAAAUGAAAAAAGUAUUAAAGAACGCUUUAAAAAUAUUUCACGUAGAUAUUAAGAUCUAAUAAAGCUUCAAAUGUAGUGAUUUUGAUACAGAUUUGCGCUGAAAUUUAUUCAACAGAAACAGCUGAAUUGAUCGUUUUUAUUUGUAUACUUUUAUUUGCUCAAAUUAUGAACAUGCUAAAACUAAACCCCUCAGCCUUUUCAGCAGGUCUAAAAAAUACUCCAAAAUGUUGUGGAGUAGAAAGUACAGAUACCUGCUCUCAAAUGUAGUGACGUAAAAGUAAAAAGUGCGCACUGUAAAAUUUAAAUAUACCUAAAAUAAGUACUUCAGUAUCGUACUUUACUGCUUUUACUUCAUCACGCUCCACCACUGCAUCAUUAUUAAUACAAUUUGUAAACCAUAACUGUACCUGUAUUUAACUAGGUCAGCGUAUGCCAUUUUUAAAGCAUUUUUUUUCACCAUAUUGUUGAAUUACUCCUUCUUCCUGUGUUGCUACUGUUAUCAGCACAUUCCACUGUUGUAUGCCCCAAAGUGACACUCCCCUUUGUCCUUAUAACUAUUCUGUUUCUUACAUCCGCAUACAUUUCGGCUCAUUUAAACCUGUAGCCUGCUUUUUAACGGGAUCCAGCAGAGCGUCAAACCCCUCCAAGUCCUUUGAAAGUGUUGGCUUUGAUCAGCUAUUUUGCAGAAAAGUUGUGAUGCUUGUCAGAUCAAAACGCGUUUUUGCUGCUUGUGCUGUGUCCAGGAGAAAGAUAUUCACGACAAAACUGUAUGCUUUCCUUUAAUAAUUUAUUCUCAUGGUUGUUGUGUUUUUGUUCAACUAUCAGCUGGUUGUUUUGAUAAAAGUAUUUCUCGC